CACAUCUUCAUUGCUGUUCAUUGCCUUUAUGAAUUAAGCGUUCGUGAAUAUCAUAUGAGAUAUUUACAGCUUGAUAUUUUAAUUCAAAAGUAUAGAAUUAUUGUGUGAGAUUCUCUACAUUUUGUCCAGAUCUAACGUAUGAAAAUGUCGGCAAAUAACUUAGCUCUAUUAAGUGUAUCUGACAAGACUGAUUUGUUGCCAUUGGCAAAAAAACUGCAUGAAUUUGGAUUAAUAUUAAUUGCAUCUGGAGGUACAGCACAGGCAUUGAGAAAUGCUAAUUUGCCUGUACAAGAUGUGUCGGAAGUUACAGGAGCACCUGAGAUGCUUAAUGGACGUGUAAAAACUUUACAUCCUGCUAUACAUGCUGGUAUUCUUGCUAGAUUGACCAAUUCUGAUGCUCAAGAUCUUCAAAAGCAAAAUUAUGCUCUUAUUCAAGUAGUAGUUUGCAAUCUGUAUCCUUUUGUAAAUACUAUUUCGAAAGCAAAUGUGACAGUUGAAGAUGCAAUAGAGAAUAUCGAUAUCGGUGGUGUAACUUUAUUGCGAGCUGCUGCCAAGAAUCAUAACAGAGUUACAGUUAUCUGUGACCCCAAUGAUUAUGAAAAGGUCAUUAAGGAGAUGGAAACUGCUGUUGAUAAAAAUACCUCUCUAGAAACUAGGCAAACUUUAGCUUUGAAAGCAUUCACUCAUACCGCCGAGUAUGACAACGCUAUUUCAGAUUACUUUCGCAAGCAAUACAGUGCUGGAAUCUCGCAACUUACUCUUCGUUAUGGCAUGAAUCCGCAUCAAAAACCCGCACAGAUUUUCACUACCUUAGAAAAGUUGCCAUUGACUAUAGUGAACGGAUCACCAGGUUUCAUCAAUCUAUGUGAUGCAUUGAACGGUUAUCAAUUAGUGAAGGAAUUAAAAUCCGCGUUAAAUUUGCCAGCGGCAACUUCUUUCAAACAUGUUAGCCCGGCUGGCGCUGCGGUUGGAAUCCCUUUGGAUGAUAUACAGGCGAAGUUAUGUCAAGUAGACGAUCUUUACGAUCAACUUACACCUCUAGCAACUGCCUACGCUCGUGCGCGAGGUGCCGAUCGCAUGUCCAGUUUCGGCGAUUUCAUCGCAUUAUCCGAGCCAUGCGACGUUACAACAGCGAAGAUAAUAUCACGAGAGGUUUCAGACGGAAUAAUUGCCCCUGGCUAUUCGGAGGAAGCCCUUCAAAUAUUGAAGAAAAAGAAGAAUGGUGGAUAUUGUAUACUUAAAAUUGAUCCUUCUUAUGUACCAUCUGCAGUGGAACGCAAGAUUCUGUAUGGCUUAGUUAUGGAACAAAAACGUAACGAUGCGGUUAUAGACAAGUCAACAUUUGAUAACGUUGUUACGACGAAAUCGAAGGUUUUAUCGGAGGAUGCUAUCCGUGAUUUAAUCGUGGCAACUAUUACUGUCAAAUAUACGCAAAGCAACUCAGUCUGUUAUGCAAAAGAUGGACAAGUAAUCGGUACUGGUGCAGGACAACAAUCUAGAAUUCAUUGCACUAGACUUGCCGGAGAUAAGGCCGAUAAUUGGUGGCUUCGUCAGCACCCGAGAGUGAUAGGAAUGAAGUUCAAAAAAGGCGUGAAAAGAGCGGAAAUCUCUAAUGCUAUCGACAAUUAUGUUAAUGGGUCUGUGGGAAAAGAUAUGGAUGAAGCUACAUGGGCCUCCAUGUAUGAAGAAAUACCUGAAAAACUAUCGGAAAACGAUAAAAUUGAGUGGAUUAAAAAAUUGAAUAAUGUCGCUCUGAGUAGUGAUGCUUUCUUUCCAUUCAGAGAUAAUGUUGAUAGGGCUAGACUUAGUGGUGUCAAGUAUAUUGCAAGUCCUGCUGGUUCUACAAAUGAUGCAGCAGUAAUCGAAGCUUGCAACGAACAUGAAAUAGUGCUGAUUCACACUGGUUUCCGCUUAUUCCAUCAUUAGAUGAGAUAUAAAUUAUAUAUCAAUAUUAAUAUUUUUAUAUGAUACAUUCCAAAAACAAAUAUUUCUUAAUUUUGUACUUUUCUUAUUUUUAAUAUGUAUAAGAAUUUAUGUACAUAGCUAUAUGUUAUUAAUAAAUAAACGUUUAUAUAAAUUUCA